AUGGCCCAAUACGCCGAGCUUCACAAGAUCGCGAAUCUUCGGGGCGCAGGCGACGCUCGUCCUACAGCCCUCCAAGUCAUUCGCGACGAGGGUCUGACCGGCAAAUUGACUGACAAAGUAUUCCUCAUCACAGGAGUGUCUUCCGGUCUGGGUAUUGAAACCCUUCGUUCGCUGCACACAACCGGCGCCCAAGUUAUCGGAACCGUGCGCAACGUGCCAAAAGGCCAAGUCAAACACGAUGGAGGAGGGAAGAUUGACCUGGUCGAGAUGGAACUAGACAGCUUCGACAGCAUCCGCAAGGCCGCCAAAGAGAUUCUCACCAAGACCGGCGGAAAGCUCAACGUAGUCAUCGGCAACGCAGGCGUAAUGGCCACACCCUACGGCAAAACUAAAGACGGCUACGAAACCCAAUUCGGAACCAACCACCUCGGUCACUUCCUCCUAUUCCACUUCCUAAAAGACGCCCUCCUCUCAUCCGCAACCCCCGAGUACUCCAGCCGCUACGUUAGCCUCUCCAGCAUGGCGCACAUCUGGUCCACCGUGCACCUCUCCGACUACAACUACGAAAAGACGCCAUACGAACCCUGGAACGCCUACGGUCAAGCCAAGACAGCAAACAUCUGGUUCGCAAACUCCAUCGAGCGCCACUACUCGUCCUGCCAUCUACACGCUACGUCUGUGCAUCCAGGCGGCAUCAUCGAGGGAUCUGGCCUUGGCGUGCAUGUGUCUGAAGAGACCAAACAGGCGAUGUUUGGUGACCCGGAGAUACUGCGGACGUUCAAGAGUGCGGAGCAGGGGGCUGCGACGCAGGUUUAUGCUGCGGUGGGUAGGGAGUGGAAGGAUAAGGGUGGGAAGUAUUUGGCUAGUCUGGCGGAGAUGGGGACAAGAGAGGAGGAGGCGAGGAAGGAGGGGAUGUAUGAAAGUGCUAAUGAGGGGUAUGCGCCGUGGGCGUAUGAUGAGGAGGGUGAGGAGAGGUUGUGGAAAGAGAGUUUCGAUAUGGUGGGGCUUCCGCGGGAGUGA